UCUUUUUAUUUAUUGCUUUUUUAGCUUUUCCAAAAAAAGCCUUUCUCGCUCCAUGCAACCAACUCGUUCUUUCUUUCUUUCAUUCCCAAUUUUCCCUCAAAAACUUCAGUGAGACAUUAACACAAACACCAAUGGCGCAACCAUCAUCAUCCUCACCCCCACUCCUUAGUCUCGACGCCGUAGAUGAUGUUUACUUCUCCGUCGUCUCCGAUGAUGAAACCGACCCUACCCCUGUCUCCGAUCAAAAGUACGCUGAAGCGUUACAGUUCCAAGAAGCGUUAAUGUCCUCUGUCAUCACUUCGUCCCAACCACAACCACCACCGUGCGUAGCAUCUUCGUCAGAAACCGUCGAUGAAGAGUUACUGUUCAAUGAAACCCUUAAGGACUCACUCAUCACUUCCCAAUAUGUUUCCUCAUCAACUUCCCCGCCAUUACGCUACGUAGCAUCUUCAUCAAAGGCCGUUGAAGUUGAUCCUCUCGUGACCAAAGAACAAGAACAAGAACCGAUCAUCAUUUGCGAGAUUUGCGCUGAAGCAAAAACGGACGAGGAAAUGUUCAGGAAUCAAGGAUGUUACCAUUCCUUUUGUUCCGAAUGUGUUGUUAAACAAGUGGCAACGAAAAUCCAAGAGAACAUAACGGUUGUUUCUUGCCCUGGUUUGAACUGCGAGGGUGUGUUGGAGCUUGAAACCCUAAGGCCAUUGCUUCCCAAAGAACUGAUUGAUAGGUGGGAUGAUGCAAUGUGUGAGGCUCUUUUGCUUACUGUUCCUAAAUUCUACUGCCCUUUUAAGGAUUGUUCUGCCAUGUUGCUUGAUGAGGAUGAAGAGGGAGGGGAAGGUAUUAGGGAAUCUGAAUGUCCUUUUUGUCAUAGAUUGUUUUGUGCUAGGUGUCAUGUUUCUUGGCAUCCUGGGGUUAGUUGUGAGGAGUUUCAGACACUGAAUGUGGAUGAAAGAGGAAGCCAAGAUCUUCUUGUUAGAGAGCUUGCUAAUCAGAAGAAAUGGAAAAGGUGUUCUAGAUGCAGGUUCUAUGUUGAGAAAAAGGAGGGGUGUUUGCAUAUUACAUGCAGGUGCAAACAUGAGUUUUGCUAUGCUUGCGGAGAACCAUGGACAAAUACUCAUGGUGGGUGCCAAAGAAAUUAGAUAGAUCUUGGAAAGCAUGAUAACUUAUAUGGAUAUCUCUAUUGUUGAUUAUUUUCAUGAAAUAGAUUUUGUUUGUGGUUGUUUUGAUAUGGAUAGAGGAAGUUUGCUACAGUUUAGAAGACAUAAUUUGAGGAAGUCUGGGGUGUUCUAUGUUUAGUAAAAUGUGAAUGGUUGUAAGAAAAAUAUGUUGCAUGGUUUUAAUA